CCCACAGCAGAAACAAAUGCGGCGAACAACUCGCAGAACCGCGGUCGCCGCCGUCGUGAUCGCUGCCUCGUCGUCGGCGAUCUCGCCGGCGAGCAGGCUGCCAACGGCGCGUCCGCGGGUCGACGCGUCUGCGCCGCCCAAGCCGCGGGCCGCCUCCUGCGCCUGCGGGUCUGUGGUGCUGCACGUCAACGUUUCCGCGCUGCAGACCGUGCACUGUCACUGCCGGAGCUGUCGCCGGUCGACCGGCGCCGCCUUUAGCACCUGGGGGUGCGUGCCGCUGGCCGCGACGUAUUUCUCGCAGUGGGAGACGCUUUCGGUCUACCAGCGAUCCUCACAGGAGUGCGAGAGCCGCAGCCCUCGGGCGAAUCGGUACUUUUGCUCGAAGUGCGGCUGUUCGGUCGCCAUGACGUACCCCGCGACGGGGCGCUGGCCCGAGCCGCACAGCCUAUGGCUGAGCGCCGCCUUCCUCGGCGACGACGACGCGGGCAUAAACGUGAUCCACAUGUACCCCGAAGAGCGGCCGGGCUGGUGCGACAUCGACCGACAAGGCUGCGACGACCAACCGCUGAGUUACAUGGGAGACGACCACGUGUGCGAACUUCCGGACGACGACCGCACGUUCGCGCUCGUCCUUGGGGGAACCGCGGGCGUACCACAGCUCGACCCAGCUCACGACGACGAGGCGUUCCUGCUCCCUCCAUCCGAGUGUUUCCGACUGCGAGGCCUCGCCCCGGCGCCAUCAAAGCUCCCGGGCAGCGCGGCGCUGGCGCUGGAGGCGCCGCCGGACUGGGCACGAAGCGGCCGCGAAACGACCACGGCUGAUGCGACGGUCGCGGAUGAUUUUCGCGUGCGGACGAUCGAUGUCGCCGGCACAACCGUAUCGAUAUUCGAGGUCGCCGACCCGACCAGCGACGACGGAUGCGACACGGAUAGUCCUCGCUCUGCGAUGUGUGGCGGCGUGCUGUGGCCGGGCAGCCGGGCCGCGGCCGAGGCCCUCGCGGAGAUGUCGCUCGCGGGCCGCUGCGUCGUCGAGAUUGGUGCGGGGACCGGCCUCUGCUCGCUCGCCGCGGCCAGCAUGGGGGCGGCGGAAGUGGUUGCCACGGACGCCUCGCCGGGAGUACUCGAGCUGAUCGAGGCGGCAGCCGCAGCGCAGGACCUGGGAGUCGUGCGGACGCAGGUCUUUGAUUUUCUCGGCGACGUGGCAGAGAGCCCGGUCCGCGGCGUCGACGUCGCGGUCGCCGCAGACUUGCUGUACACUGAGGAAAUCACCCGAGCAGUUGCGCGCACGUGUGCAGCGCUAAAGAUCGGGGGCGCGACCGUCGUCGUCACGGAUUCGCAGCGGCGGCACCGGGACGCGUUCCUGGACGAGCUCGACCGGUGCCUGCCCCGGGCCGAUCGCGAGUUCGAGGCGACGACGGUAUCGGAUUACACCGGCUGGUCCUACCCGGACGCAGGAGACGUCAGCGUCGAGGCGAUUGCUGUGGGGGUGCUCCGAUUAAUGUAGUUUACUAGU